AUGGACCAUAGUAACAAUUUGCGGCGAAAAGAUACGACAAAGGGUCCGCCACUGCGCAUCCUUUCACUGGAUGGCGGCGGGGUCCGCGGUUAUUCGAUGCUGGUCAUCCUUCAAGAACUGAUGCAUCGAGUCUACGUCGAGUCCGAAGGCAAACCACCGAGCAGGGAAGCCACCCCGAAACCAUGCGACUAUUUCGAUCUGAUCAUCGGCACCGGCACCGGGGGUCUGAUUGCCAUCAUGCUGGGACGGUUGCGACUCGACUUGGAAACGUGCAUGAGCGUCUACGUGCGGAUGACGAAGAGAGUGUUUGAAACGGACAAGACAAUAGCCGGAAUCCCCUACAAACAUACCCUGUUCAAGGCGUCCAAGUUGGAAGAGGCGAUCCGCGAGUGCGUCAGAGACCACACGGUGUUCGAGGAUGAAGGUAACGAUGGCACCGCGACUGGUGGGCGCGAGUUUGGAGAUCUGAGCAGCCCCGUCAGCACGGCCAGUGCGAUUCCACCAAGACGGUCCAUGAGCAUAAGGAGUAACAAUUCCAUGUCAGUGUCGAGUCCGUCGACGGUGAGAAAUUCCAUCAUCUCACCGUCGUUCAAUGGCUGGGGCAAUCCCAACGCGAGUUUCUAUGACGGACGGGAAAACAGGACGAAGACUGCGGUCACGGCGGUUUUUCAAGGCACCCCCAAGAACGGCUCAUCAGUCUUGUUGAGAUCCUACGAUUCGAGAAAAGAGCCCCCGCCUGAGUUCAAUUGUACCAUCUGGCAGGCUGGACGGGCUACUUGUGCCACCGGCUUGGCCUUCAAGCCCAUUCAAAUUGGCCAGAGCGUUUUCAUCGACGAAGGUGCCGGGCAGUACAACCCUGCGGUGACUGCGUUGGAGGAGACACUGAGCGAAUGGCCGGCUCGAGAGAUCGGCGUCUUUGUCAGCGUGGGCACCGGCAAAACGUCCGGAGAACAGUGGUGUCCCGGAGCAUGA